UGUAUUGUAGUAACCAACUGUAUUUAAUGGUGUUAUGUAGUUGUGUUGUCAUGUUGUGAAUGUUGUAUUGUAAUAGACCUAACCCUCACCAAUCUUUCCAGUGAUGGAGAGAGAUAUCAGACAAGACACAGAGAUAGUAACAGAAGAACAGGAUAUGAUGGAGAGAAUUCCUAGGGGAGAGAGGCGCUGCUACCCCUGGGGAGAGAGGAGCUGCUACUCCUGGUGAGAGAGGAGCCAUACCCCUGGGGAGAGAAGAGCUGCUACCCCUGGGGAGAGAGGAGCUGCUACCCCUGGGGAGAGAGGAGCUGCUACCCCUGGGGAGAGAGGAGCUGCAACCCCUGGGGAGAGAGGAGCUGCUAACCCUGGGGAGAGAGGAGCUGCUACUCCUGGGGAGAGAGGAGCUGCUACCCCUGGGGGGAGAGGAGCUGCUACCCCUGGGGAGAGAGGAGCUGCAACCAGGAGAGACUGCGACCCUGCUCUAUAAGAGCUUAACGAUUGGUGAUUGUUGGGGCACGAUUGGCAGGAGUUUCAGUGAUGAAGACUGCUGAACUUGCUGAUGUUUCACAAUAUGCCACGGCCGUCUCAGUCACCAGGUCUCAACCGAGUUGAACACAACCAUCAAUAAAACACCAAAUGAUGGAAUUUCUUGUGGAAGAAUGGUGUCACAUCCCUCCAAUAGAGUUCCAGACAGUUGUAGAAUGUAUGCCAAGGCACAUUGUAAGAGCUGUUAAGAGAGAGGGAGAGGGAGAGAGAACAGGCAGAACCUGAUAUGUAAAUGAGCAGAGUAAACGAAAGCAACUUUCAACGACCGAAUGAUCAUUCCAGACUCUGUUUCUAUUGAGAGAUAAAAGAAUCUCCAACCACCUCAGAGAUCAGUCUCUCCAGUACCCAGUCAUCUGUCCAUGAAGAGUGACUUCUCUAUGGCUCAUCCUAUACACUUUAGUGAUGGAUCAGGGACCUUUGACCCCAGAAUCUCCAAGCAAACUCAGUCUCUCCAGAGAUCAGUCUCUCCAGUACCCAGUCAUCUGUCCAUGAAGAGUGACUUCUCUAUGGAUCAUCCCAUUUAUUUUAGUGAUGGAUCAAAGACCGUUGGAAGCAGAAUCUCCAAGCAAACUCAGUCUCUCCAGAGAUCAGUCUCUCCAGUACCCAGUCAUCUGUCCAUGAAGAGUGACUUCUCUAUGGAUCAUCCCAUUUAUUUUAGUGAUGGAUCAAAGACCGUUGGAAGCAGAAUCUCCAAGCAAACUCAGUCUCUCCAGAGAUCAGUCUCUCCAGUACCCAGUCAUCUGUCCAUGAAGAGUGACUUCUCUAUGGAUCAUCCCAUUUAUUUUAGUGAUGGAUCAAAGACCGUUGGAAGCAGAAUCUCCAAGCAAACUCAGUCUCUCCAGAGAUCAGUCUCUCCAGUACCCAGUCAUCUGUCCAUGAAGAGUGACUUCUCUAUGGAUCAUCCCAUUUAUUUUAGUGAUGGAUCAAAGACCGUUGGAAGCAGAAUCUCCAAGCAAACUCAGUCUCUCCAGAGAUCAGUCUCUCCAGUACCCAGUCAUCUGUCCAUGAAGAGUGACUUCUCUAUGGAUCAUCCCAUUUAUUUUAGUGAUGGAUCAAAGACCGUUGGAAGCAGAAUCUCCAAGCAAACUCAGUCUCUCCAGAGAUCAGUCUCUCCAGUACCCAGUCAUCUGUCCAUGAAGAGUGACUUCUCUAUGGAUCAUCCCAUUUAUUUUAGUGAUGGAUCAAAGACCGUUGGAAGCAGAAUCUCCAAGCAAACUCAGUCUCUCCAGAGAUCAGUCUCUCCAGUACCCAGUCAUCUGUCCAUGAAGAGUGACUUCUCUAUGGAUCAUCCCAUUUAUUUUAGUGAUGGAUCAAAGACCGUUGGAAGCAGAAUCUCCAAGCAAACUCAGUCUCUCCAGAGAUCAGUCUCUCCAGUACCCAGUCAUCUGUCCAUGAAGAGUGACUUCUCUAUGGAUCAUCCCAUUUAUUUUAGUGAUGGAUCAAAGACCGUUGGAAGCAGAAUCUCCAAGCAAACUCAGUCUCUCCAGAGAUCAGUCUCUCCAGUACCCAGUCAUCUGUCCAUGAAGAGUGACUUCUCUAUGGAUCAUCCCAUUUAUUUUAGUGAUGGAUCAAAGACCGUUGGAAGCAGGUAAGUUACUGGUCAGAAUUGAUGAUAUUACUAUUGAAGAGGAGAAACUUCAAGAUCUGAAACCAGAUGCAUUUUGUGUAUCUGAGUAUGUACUUUACAGCAGUGGUCACCAACCUUUUCUAAGUCUAGAUCACUUUCACAGUAAAAAAAAAUGGCUGAGAUUUACUGCUCAGAUUGUUUUUUUUACAUUAACCUCACACAAACAGUUUUGUAGGAAUGAGGUUUGGGCAGUAGGCCUAAUACAUUAUCCCAGCAUUAGGCUAUAUGAUUGGACUGCCAAUGUUGUUAUUAAUCAGACCAUACUAUAUUUCAAAACUCUAGCUUUGAUACCAAAAUAGAUCAGUUGGUUUAAUACAGCAGCUCUUUGCUGUAUUCAUUGACAGUCUCUCUGUGGUCAUGGUUUUAAAAGAUAUUAAAUCUUACAUAAGCUAGUAGCCUAUUAAACUUGGCUGUGGCCAGAGUCAUGGAAGCUCUGUAGCCACAGUGAUUUGAGCUAUCUACGCAGUAGGUGCACUCGAUUUAGUCACAGAUUUGUGGAGCAAUUCUGUGGAGCAAGAAUUGAAAUAAAUAGCUUUUUAUUCUACUGGACUGAUGGUAUCUGCAUCUGAAGGUCAACGAGGUCAAAUCACGACGUCAGUGAACUUCAGGUCGAAAAGUUGGAGCUCUAGAAAUAUGCCUGAGUUUCCGACUUGGAUUUCCGAGUUGGAUGACAUUUCAAAAUGAUUGUUCCCAACCACCUCUCACGGUCCCUGCUCUCUCCCUUCUUUCCUCCGGUGAGACUGACCAGAGAGGGGGGACACCGUCUUCCACCUGAUGUUGAAACUCGAGUCGCACCGCAUCUGCCUCAUGCACAAAUUCAUGUUGUUCCUAUGACCAGAGAAAGCGAAAAAUUCCUAAAUAUUAAAAUCGACACGACGAGCUGCUAAUAAUAAUAAACCGCAAGGCAAUCGAUACUUGGCUACUCUUUCAUUGGCGAUGCAGCCCGAGCAGAAGUAUGGAGAAGUGCGCAUUGUAAAAUAGUUUUAUGUAAACAGUGACCGUGCUGAAAAUAAACUUAAACAUGAACUCUCAUAAAAACAGCAGCUCUUUGCUGUAUUCGUUGACAGUCUCUCUGUGGUCAUGGUUUUAAAAGAUAUUAAAUCCUACGUAAGCCUAUUAAACUUGGCUGUGGCCAGAGUCAUGGAAGCUCUGUAGCCACAGUGAUUUGAGCUAUCUACGCAGUAGGUGCACUCGAUUUAGUCACAGAUUUGCCAGUCCUCCGGGAAGGCAGAGUUUGUCUCAUGGGAACACGUUGCUUACCCGGUGCGCAGGACGUUUGAAUCAAGUGCACCUACCGGCAACAACUCAACACGAUUUUAAAAAAGGAGCGCAAGCCUUUAUAGUUGGUUGGCUUUUCUACAGAAAUAUUUGGUGAUCGACUAGGAAUGCCUUGAAGAUUGACCGGUUGGAGAACCACUGCUGUAAAGCAUCUGCUUAUAAUUUGUUGUUUAUGUCAAUUAUUUGAAGACACUGAGUGUACAAAACAUUAUGAACAUCUGCUUUUUCCACGACAUAAUUGACAUGGUGAAUCCAGGUGAAAGCAAUGAUCCCAUAUUGAUGUCACUUGU